AUGGCUCACCUUCCACAGUUCACCUCCACAUCUCACCCUCCACAGUUCACCUUCCACAGUUCACCACAUGCCUUCCACAGUUCACCUUCCAUAGUUCACCUUUCACAGUUCACCCUCCACAUCUCACCUUCCACAGUUCACCUUCCACAGUUCACCACAUACCUUCCACAGUUCACCUUCCAUAGUUCACCUUUCACAGUUCACCUUCCACAGUUCACUUUCCACAGUUCACCUUCCAUAGUUCACCUUUCACAGUUCACCUUCCAUAGUUCACCUCUCACAGUUCACCCACAACAGUUCACCUUCCACCGUUCAUUCUCCACAGUUCACCCAAUACCUUUCACAGUUCACCUUCCACAGUUCACGCUCCACAGUUCACCUUCCACAGUUCACCACCCACUGUUUACCACUCACCAUCCACAGUUCACCAUCCACAGUUCACCUUUCACAGUUCACCAUCCACUGUUCACCACAAACCGUCCACAGUUCCCCUACCACAGUUCACCAUCAACUGUUCAUAUUCACAGUUCACCUUCCACAGUUCACCGCACACCAUCCACAUUCAUGCGACUACCCGCACCGCACCGCAACGCAGCACACUAUAUACAACCGACAGUCCACCAGCCUUAA